CCUCGCUGAGCGGAGCUACUCUUCUUCUUCUUAUCCUCUCGUCCUUGGAGGGAUUUAACUUAACCAAAAUCAACUGAGGAAGACAGAAAAAUACAGACAGUUUUUUCUUAGAACCUGGAAUCCAACAACUUCAGGACUGCUAACACGUGCUCUACUCGGCUCCAAUCAGUGCUGCGGACUUCUAAAGCUUCUAGAACUUGCAGCAGAAAAGGUUCUGAAAUCAGAGAAGGAUCUGGACCUGGAUCUGGAAAACAUUCUGCAACAACAGCGGGUUCUAAACUGGGUUCUGGAGUCUGCCCUGAAGCCACAACAAGUUCUACGAGUUUAGGAGUUGGUUCAAGAGUCUCGGCAGGGUCCAGGAUGGGUUCAAGAACCAAAUCAUGCUCCAGAAUAGGAACCAGUUUGGGUUUCAGGGUUCCCUCCAUGCCUGGAGUGUUUACCUCACUGCUGGUUGUCUGGUGUUUGGGGUUUGUUGAGCCCGUCGGUUGCCACAGUAACUUCUCAGAUCUGGUGAUGUUGGAGCUGCCUGACUUCCAUGGCACCGACGCGCCUCUGGGACCAGGGCUGGACUAUCUCAUCCAGACCUCGGACGGAGAGCCACACCUGGUGCAAGAGACCGUGAACAAGCCCCCGCCCCCCUUGGAGAAAGGAAAACCAAAACACGUGAGCAAGCUCAAACACAAAUACGAAAGAAAACCUCCUUCUCACUCUCCUUCCUCUAACUCCUCCCUGGUGGUUCGUAUGCGCCCGAUGUUGCCCCCUAGCUGCCUGCAAGCCAUGUCAAUCCAAACCGCCUUCAAGUACAUCAACACGGUGCUGUCCUGCGUUAUAUUUGCUGUGGGGGUCAUCGGAAACGCCACCCUGCUCAGGAUUAUCUCCCAAAAUAAAAGCAUGAGGAACGGACCCAACGCACUGAUAGCCAGUCUAGCCCUGGGAGACCUCAUAUACAUCGCCAUCGACAUACCGAUCCACAUCUACAAGCUCCUGGUGAUUCAGUGGCCCUUUGCCGACAGUGUGUUCGGUCUGUUCCUCUGUAAGCUGUUUCCCUUCCUGCAGAAAGCUUCAGUCGGCAUCACCGUCCUCAACCUGUGCGCUCUGAGUGUGGACAGGUACCGUGCGGUGGUGUCCUGGUCCCGGGUGCAGGGCACAGGCGUUCCCACGGUAACGGCGAUGGAGAUCGUGGUGAUCUGGGUGCUGUCUAUCACGCUGGCCGUGCCGGAGGCCAUUGGCUUCAAGAUGGUCACCUCUGACUAUAAGAACGCCACCAUUAACACCUGCAUGCUGCAGCCCGAGACGCCCUUCAUGACUUUCUACCGGGAUGCAAAGGACUGGUGGCUGUUUGGCUUCUACUUCUGUGUACCUCUGGCCUGUUCUGCCAUUUUCUACGGCCUGAUGACCUGCGAGAUGCUCAGACACCAGAAAGGAAGUCUGAAGAUCUCACUGAGUGAACACCUCAAACAGCGUAGAGAAGUAGCCAAAGCCGUGUUCUGCCUGGUGUUGAUCUUUGCUCUGUGCUGGUUUCCACUGCAUCUGAGUCGACUUCUGAAGAGGACCGUGUACAAAUCCCAUGAUGCACACCGCUGUGAGCUGUUAAAUUUCCUGUUGGUGCUUGACUACCUCAGCAUCAAUAUGGCGACCAUCAACUCCUGCAUCAACCCCAUCAUCCUCUUCUUUGUCUCCAAGAAGUUCAAAAACUGCUUCAAGUCCUGUCUGUGUUGUUGGUGUUAUUCUGGCUCUCUCUCCAACAGUAUGCUGCCUCUCCACCAUGGGACCAGCCUGCAGUACAAACCCACUGACUACUGAGAGAGAGUCUGUGUGUUCAUUUGCAACGUCCCACCAGCACCUGAACUCAUCGCCAACACUCGGAGAGACAUUGUUGUGUAACAGAUAACCACUAUAUUGAUCCUCUAAUGUUCAGUUUGUAUCUUUUUACAGUGUAUUUGUUCAGGUCUAAAUAUUAUAUUUUAUUACAGACUAAUUACUGUGUGGUGACGUAUCGUACACUACAGUGUAUGGCCAAAAUUAUGUGGACAACAUAUUGUACACUCAUGUUCUUUUGGUCUGGGGUUGUCUUUCAGGGUUUAGUUCAGCUUUAUUUAAUUUAUUAAAGACCAAAACGGGCAGAUACGCAGAAAGCAAUAAGAAAUAAGACACAAGCCGAAAUAAAAUGUGAUUUUGGUAAAUUGUUAAAAAGUUGCAGUUUUAAGUCAAUAAAAUAAAGAGACAAUGGGCCCCUGGGCACAGACAAACAGAAGGCCCCACCACCUCUGCUGCACUGAGACGAGACACACUGACAUUGUGGUGGUUUUGUCUAUUUUUGUUUGUUUGUUUUGUGUCUUUUUUUAAUCUUGUGUCUUCUUGUGGUUGUUUGUCUUGUGGCUUUUUAUAAAUCAUUUUAUGUCUCUUUGUGGUCUGCUUGUGUCUCUGUGGUCAUUUUGUGACCCAUUGUGGUCUGUUUGUGUCUCCUUGUUGAUGUUUGGUGUCUCUUUGUGGUCAUUUUGUGUCCCGUUGUGGUCUGUUUGUGUCUCUGUGGUCAUUUUGUGUCCCGUUGUGGUCUGUUUGUGUCUCUUUGUGGUCAUUUUGUGUCCCGUUGAGGUCUGUUUGUGUCUCUGUGGUCAUUUUGUGUCCCACUGUGGUCUGUUUGUGUCUCCUUGUUGAUGCUUUGUGUCUCUUUGUGGUCAUUUUGUGUCCCGUUGAGGUCUGUUUGUGCCUCUUUGUAGAUGUUUUGUGUCCCGUUGUGGUCUGCUUGUGUCUCUGUCGUCAUUUUUUGUCCCGUUGUGGUCUGUUUGUGUCUCUCUGUGGUCAUUUUGUGUCCUGUUGUGGUCUGUUUGUGUCUCUGUGGUCAUUGUGCGAGUUGGUACAUGUUCAUUUGAGUGACCCUGGGCCUGUGCCUGGCAGGCCUGUUCAGUAAUCCAUUCAUGAUCUGAUCACCUAACAUCAGACCCCACUGAUGCUCUUGUGUCCGAGUGAGAGUAACUCCCUGCAGCCUGAGGCCAAAAAUGUCAGAGGGUGCCUCAAACAAAAGUGUGGGUCUCAGCAUUUUAAUGCUCAUAAUGUUGGAAUGAAACGCUCAGCCAUCACAUAUAGAUGUCAUGUUUUAGUGUCCACUUACUUUUGGCCAUGUAGUGUAUUUAUUAUUGUGUUUAAUGUGUAAAAUAUUUCAUUUCAAGUCUACCUGUGCAGAAAUAAAACUAGUCCGAGGUUUGAAACAGCACUAGGAGCCCCUGCAGGCUGAACUUUUUAUUAUAUCCCAUAAUAUAAGCUUUCAGUUUGUGGAGCCUUAGUUACUGGGACUGAAAUCUGGUUUGUAGUUUACGAAACACCAACUAAUAGUCUGCUAUCACCAACUGACUUUGAAUUAUUGAUGAGGUUUGUGUCCAUUAAAUUAUAUAUCUGUAUUUAUCAAUAAAGCUAUAUUCUAAAGGCUCGUGCAAACAUCUGUUUUGGUUUGUGUGUGUGUGUGUGUGUGUGUGUG